AAAUUUUGAACAAAAAUUAUAAACAAAUUGUGACUGCUUGCAAAUGUUUAACAAAUAUGGCUCUGUUUUCCCUCUUGGCCUGCUUUAUUUUGCGGCGUUUGUUAGAGCUUUACGCCGUAGCGGAUUAAAAUAGUCGACGCAGGUCUCUGCCUCAAACUUUUGUCGUCAGCUAAAUUUCUUUGGUUGUUAGCCAGCUUUCCCGUGUUAAUUAAGAAAAUUUAAAAGCCGUAAACAAAAAUAGUAAAAAAAAAAUAAAUUAAAAUAUAAUUAAAGCAAAAUCUAGUUUGCAAUUGUUGAGAUGGCGGGACACAUAGAAAUUCCAGAAAUAUGUCAAAAAGAGAAAGAAAAAAGUGAAUUUAAAAGCAAUAUUGAAGAUUCUAAUAAAAUACAAUAUGGAGAAAAUGACGGUGAUAUACCACAGAAUAGUUUUUGUAAUGCUAUAAAAAGUUACUCAAGGUAUGACUUGUUAUCUCUACGAAAUGGGCAACUAUCUAUACAUUAUCCACAUUGUGCUCUCCGGCCUGAUUUGCAGGCACUAUCUAUAUGGACUUGUCGCUUGCGUUGUGAGCUACAAUAUUUAGGUUUGUGGAAAAUUCCGAAUACGGGAAACUUGUACAGCAAUUGCAACUGUAAUGGAAGCUGCCAAUCAUAUUCUUGUGGUGAUGGUCAGUCUUAUCCUCCAUCAAGUUCUCAGCUAAACGCCGUUACUUCUCAAAUGUGUUAUGGAAAUGUUCCGCAAACUCAGCAAAUACAGCCUGUACAAACAAAUUCUUCUCCAACACUAAGCAGUAGAAGAGCUGUACGAUCACGCGAACGUUCCUUAAAUUAUCAGCGUUGUAUUAACACUGAAUUAAUACGAGCUACAUCACCAAGUGGUGCUGAUGGUCAAAUCCCACAUCAUUUAAAUCAUCAAGUAAAGCCCGCUUUUAUUGAUCACCGCAGUAUUUCAUCAUCACAUCUUAUGCCAGCAUUUGCGAAACGUCGCAUGAGUCACGCAAAUACUUUACAUGCUCAAUCAGACGGCAGUUCCAAUUUGAAUAAUAAUAGUGUACACAAUCCAGAGCAUUUAUCAAAUGACGAUGAAUCUAGUGAAUGUUCAACACAUUUUGAAUCAUCAUUAAAAUCUCGAAAAGACACAACCACCAAGUCGGCCAGUCAAAAUGAUUUCCAUAUGUAUAAAUCAUCAGCUACUAAUAACCGUCUUGACAAGAGUGAACAAUUAUUAGAUAGUCAAUAUGGGUGGAUGAAUUUAAUCAAGAAAGUUAACUCUGAGUAUUCCCCGUCAAAUAAUAAAACAAAUAUUUCCGGUAGUGCAAACAAGAAAGUAAUUUAUGAACGUCGCAUAGGUAGCGGACGCUUAGUACCAAGAGAAGUUAAUUGGGAUAUGAGAACUGGUAAUAAACAGAACGAAAAGGAAAAUAGUAACAAUUCAAAUAUUAGUAAUAACAAUAAUGAAAAAGAAAAGGAUAAUAUUAUUGUUGGAGAAGUGGAUAAACUAAAUAAUCGAAAUUCAUCCUCCAUAACACGAUUCUCAGAUGCCAGACCUCAAGAUAGACGUAAUUUUGACCGACGUACUAUAAAUCACGACGAUACUAAUACUGGCGGUACUAGUAACACAAAUAAGAGGUAUACGACGACAAGUGUUGGAGAAGAAAGAAAUAAUUUUGAUGCCAACUAUCACGCACCUACACAACACUUUUCGGGCCAACGGUCUAUGUCAUUUAGGCGUCGUGAGUAUGUUGAUCACAAGGAUCACCAUAGAGAUUUUAGAGAUUUUCGUGACACCAAGGAUGCACGAGAAAAUCGAGAUCAUAAAGAACAAAGGGGAUCUGAUCAUCAUAAUCUUCACCGAGAUCAUAAAGAAGAACCUGAAUGGUUUAGUGAGGGUCCCACGUCCCAGCAUGACACUAUUGAACUGCGUGGUUUUGAUGAAUCAGACGAAUCGCAACAGCAACGAGAUCAAAACUCUUCUGGUCAAUAUUCAAUAAUUGAAAGAAAAACUUCGGAAAGUUCACUGCUGUCACACAAUAGCAAUACCAAUGUCAAUUCGUCUACCAAAGAAAAUGUUGAUAUAUCCAACGAACUAUUAAGCAACAAUUCCCAAAACAAUUCUGCAAACACAUUCGACAAGGACAUUGACAAUGGUAGUAGUAUUAUUGUUUCCAAUAGUACAACAAUGCCAAAUAAUGAUAAUAAUGAUACUAACGAAUCGCCAAUUGAGCCAAAGGCAGAAGAAUCUGAAAAUUCAGAUAAAGGUCGAACCAAUGUUGCGGAACUUUUCUUUGAUAAUUUUCUCAAUAUAGAAGCUCUUGAAAACACAUUGAUUGGUACUACUAAUGAUCAGUCGAUACCUGCUAAUAAUGAUGUUAGUGGAACUUCACGUUUUAGCCGUUGGUUUUUUAACAAUUCAAGUAAUAUAACUAGUAAUGAUCAAUCCGAUAACAUUCCGCCCACUAAAGACGAUCCAAAUAAACAAGCAAAUAAAGAAUUUCUAAAAUUAAAAUUAAUAAUAAGUAUUAAUCGUUAGUCUAAGCAAUCAUAUAUGGACAAACUAAUAGACUCGAUUGUAAAAAUAAAUCUUAAAUAAAUAA